AUGAAUUCUUCGAGCCAAGUCACUGGAGGAAACUUAACAAUCUCUGAUUGCAUCAUACAAUUUGAGAACCCCCAAAAUUCCCCCAAGCGAUUGAAGAAAUCAGCAGGUGGUCUAUCUUGUUGCAUCUUCAGAAUCCCACACACUUUCGUCCAAGCCAAUGAAACAGCCUACAAACCGAAGAUCGUCUCGAUCGGUCCUUACCACCAUUGGGAUGGUGAAGAUGAUAAAAGUAAUCUUCACAUGAUCCAGGAGCACAAACAAAGAUAUCUUGAUACCUUCUUGUCCAAGGCAAAGGAAAAACUGGUCUAUUUGACCCAUUUUCGCGAAGCCAUCUCAAGGAUGGAGCUGAGCAUUCGAGAUUCCUACUCCGAGGAUCUAAAGUUUGAUCGUGAGAAGCUGACUGAUAUGAUGAUUCUUGACGGUUGCUUCAUCCUCACGUUGUUUCUUGUAGUUUCAAAGAAGAGUUGGCGUAAGAAUUAUAUUGAUGACCCGAUUUUCACGUUGAGGUGGAUUUUACCAACUCUUCGAAGUGAUCUUCUCCUACUUGAGAACCAGGUUCCACUCUUCGUUCUACAACAUCUCCUUGACACGUCAAAACUAUUUCCUUCUGCUAGCCUAAACGAAAUGAUCUUUGCAUUCUUUAGCUAUUCCAUAAGAAAGCCAAAAGAUUUUUGGGAAAAAAGAAGAAAUCUUGAUGCAACCCAUCUUCUUGAUCUCAUCCGUAAAACUUACAUACCUAUUAGUCCGCAUAAAACAGAAGAACACAGUAGCACCAAUAUAUGUUUCAAUAUACUGAGUCAUAGGAAAAAUAAAACUCAAGCGGAUACACCAACACCGCCUCUUCGUCCGUUUCUCGGUCUGAUUGUCUCAGCCAAAAAACUUAAACUCCGUGGAAUAGAAUUCAAGCAAAAAGAGGAAUUUGAUACACCGCUGGACAUUACUCUCAAGAGGGGUGUGCUUGAAAUACCAAAACUAACAUUUGAUGACUUUUUCAGCUCUCUUUUGAUCAACUGUGUCGCUUUUGAGCAGUUUAAUAUGAAAUGCUCCACGGAAAUGACAAGCUAUGUUACUUUGAUGGGCUGCCUCAUAAACAGUGAAGAGGAUGCAACAUUCUUGACCGAGAAAGGGAUCAUAGAGAACUACUUUGGGACUGGAGAACAAAUAUCUUUGUUCUUCAAGGACACUGGCAAGAACAUAGCGUUUUCAAUAUCAAAGAGUUUCUUGUCAGAUGUGUUCGAGGGAGUGAACAAGUACACUUCACAAGGAUACCAUGUACAAUGGGCAGGAUUCAAGUACACACAUUUCAACAGUCCGUGGGCAUUUCUAUCAUCUUGUGCCGCUUUGAUACUUCUUCUGGUUACCAUUUUCCAAGCUUUCUUCGCAGCCUAUCCUUACUUUCGCUCUCCCAGUUAA